UGAGAAGGCUUGACAUGCUACUUUUGGUGAACCCAUGAAGGCUUCUCGACGAGGCCAUCCACAUGCACACACAGAUACGAUUCUUUUUUUUUUUUUUUCGGAGAUAAAAGAUGCCAUUAAUUUCAAAAUCAAUUAUUUUGAGUUAAUGGAAAUCCCAUGUAAACCACACACCCCAAGCCUUUAUAAUGUGGGAAGGCCAAUACAGUAAUUAUCCACAAUAAAUCAUUGGCCCGAGUUUAGUUUUGUGAAAUAAAAAAAGUGUGGCCAGGUUGGCCCAAAACAAGAAAAAAAGAGCCGAAAAGAAAAGGACACUUGUAGUGGAAGUCUGUUGACAUUUGAUGAAUUGAUCGAAUUAAUGUUUAACUUUCCUCUUUAGCUUGUCUCUGUCUCUCAAUUGUAAGAGUAAGGAGUUGUUGUGGAGAUUAAGAAAUGUUACCGCCGUUAAUGACUGAAGCUCCUCUGCUCACACUCCUACUACUUUUACUAAUCUCAGUAGUCACUUCCCAUUACUCCUCUUCCUCCCCAUCGCCGCCCCAAUCCUCCCAGUGGCUUCCCGCACGCGCCACUUACUACGCAGCAUCGGAUCCUCGGGACGCGGUGGGUGGGGCGUGCGGGUAUGGAGACCUGGUGAAGGCUGGGUACGGCAUGGCAACGGUGGGUUUAAGCGAGACCCUGUUUGAGCGUGGGCAGAUCUGUGGCGCAUGCUUCGAGCUGAGGUGCGUGGAUGACCUUCGGUGGUGCAUACCAGGGACAUCUAUCAUUGUCACAGCCACCAAUUUCUGUGCUCCCAAUUAUGGGUUUACUGCGGAGGGUGGAGGCCAUUGUAAUCCUCCCAACAAGCACUUCGUGCUUCCCAUUGAGGCCUUUGAGAAGAUUGCGAUUUGGAAGGCUGGCAACAUGCCUGUUCAGUAUCGAAGGAUCAAGUGCAGAAAAGAAGGAGGUGUUCGAUUUACGAUUGAUGGUUCAGGCAUCUUUGUAUCGGUGCUCAUCAGCAAUGUUGGUGGUGCUGGGGAUAUAGUUGCAGUCAAGAUUAGGGGUUCAAAAACAGGGUGGCUGCAAAUGGGUCGGAAUUGGGGACAGAAUUGGCAUAUUAAUUCUGAUCUAAAGAAUCAGCCUCUUUCUUUUGAGGUCACAAGUAGUGAUGGGCUUACGGUUACAUCUUACAAUGUUGCUCCUAAGAAUUGGAACUUUGGGCAGACUUUCGAAGGAAAGCAAUUCGAAUCAUAAGAUCAGUCAGUCAGCAUCAACAAGAAU